GUACGUGCGUUUCGACGACGAAGACGACGGCGACUCCCCAUUAUCGCCGUCAGUCACAACACGCGUUCGCGCGAGAUGAGCAUUUGAUCGCGCGUUCGGCGCCAGCGCGUGAGAGACUCCCGUACACAGACACUCGAAUAUAAUCCAUCGAAACGAGAGGGAAAAAAGAUGUCGAAAGCCCCUGACAGACAGAGCUACGCACAAACAUACAAGCUCGUCGUCGUCGGUGGUGGUGGUGUCGGAAAAUCGGCGAUCACGAUACAGUUCAUUCAAAGUUUUUUUGUGACCGAUUAUGAUCCAACAAUCGAAGAUUCUUAUACAAAGCAGUGUCACAUUGACGAUGUGACAGCUAAACUUGACAUAUUGGACACUGCUGGACAAGAAGAAUUUAGCGCAAUGCGCGAACAAUACAUGAGAAGCGGUGAGGGAUUCCUUCUCGUAUUUGCGGUCACCGAUCAUUCGUCUUUUGACGAAAUAUUAAAGUUUCACAGGCAAAUACUUCGGGUGAAAGAUCGAGAUGAAUUUCCUAUGUUAAUGGUUGGAAACAAAGCAGAUUUGGACCAUCAGAGAAGUGUAUCAAUCGAAGAGGCACAAAGUAUAGCACGUCAAUUGAAAAUUCCAUACAUUGAAUGCAGUGCCAAGUUACGUAUGAACGUCGAUCAAGCUUUCCAUGAAUUGGUGCGAAUCGUCAGAAAGUUUCAAUUAUCGGAGCGGCCGCCACUGAAACCAAAUUACAAAAAUAAGAAUAAGAAGAAAUGUUGCAUGCUGUAAUAAAAAAAGCUAUCUAUCUUGACAGAUGAUUUCAUACUAAUUCGAUGGGUCGAGUCAUAAUGCCUAAUUGCGAAAAUCAAAAUGGCGUAGUGAUAUUGCCAAACGAACGAAUUAUCAAAUAUAAACAAUUUAUGUUUAUGAGUUAUGAGUUUAUAAGAAUUGUUCAAAUUGUUUAGAGUUAUCUCUAUAUAUUUACAUAUAGCACUUAGUGGUUGAAAUUUUGUGCUAUUGUUGUUAUAAUGAAGUCAGAAUGGGGCCAAUAACAUUUUUAACACAGACAAACCUGUAAUUAACAAUAUCUUAACAGCGUAUACUCCACAAAUUCUGAUUAAUGCAUAUGCUGCGUAACAUUUAAUAUUCUCAGUAGUUAACACAAUCAGUGAAUGUUCUUUGAAACUCCUCAUAUAUUAUAUAUUGCAUAUGUAAAAAAAAGGAUAAGCUUGUUUAGAUUCUAAUUUUUGAAACAAGAUUAAUAGUUUGCAUAUCUAUUUAUUUUAAUAUUUUCGUUAUAUUGAUAAUUAAAUGUCUUCCAAUAUCCCUUAGAUGCAUGUAUCUUGUUAUUUCUAUUUUAUGAAAACAACUUCAAUAUAAAAUAAUAUUCUAAUUCUUUAUAAUUUUCUAUUUGGUAAAUAAUAUGACAUAGAAUGCAUUCAAGUAAUUUCAUAACUUCUUUUUCCGCUAACUGAAUUUAUUUCAAUGAUCUAUAUGUUUAUAUCGAAUUGUAAUAAUAUAAUGUGGUAUUUCUGAUUAAAAACGCUGUAUUUGUGGAGAGAUGAAAAUGUGUUCAGCAAAUUUCGGUUUCACCAGCAACGAGAAAUAUUUUUAACUAUUUCAAAUAUUUUCACACAUCACAUUUUAUCAUAGUUCCGUUGUUGGUGAUACCGAUCACGAAAUGUACUAAUAAUAAAGCUAAUAAUAAUAUACUAGCUU